AUGGCAGCUGCGGAAUAUAAAGAAUAGGCCACGAUAGCAGGCUGCUCGAUGGACUCCGGAGGUAAUCUGACGGCGAAACAUCGAUAAAAUAGUAGUAAAUAAGGAACAAAGUCUUUUGCUCUGAUGAAGCUCCGUAUACCGGGGCGAAAUAUUAGCCAUCGCUGAUUUGUGUGUUUGUUGUUGUUUAUUUUCGUCGUGUUACGGUGUUUCUUAUUUACUAUAAAUUUAGAUUGGAAUUUUACUUAACUGUCGUCGUUGUAAGAUUGUUAUUUCAUAUUUCUUGAUGGUAUCAAGCCAUUAUUUCGUAUUUUAAAAUUACCAAAUCAAAGUAUUUCGAAAUUUUCAAAUGUUACAUUCCUAAUCCUAAAAUAGAAAUUUUUUAAGGAGGUGCCAGGACAAAUUGGAUCGACUCACAUUCAAAAUUAGCCGAGUCUUCAAAACCAUUCUUUGUAGAUACAAAUUUUGAGAAUGUUUAAAGAAUAUGUUCAGAAAAAAGCCAACGGGUCCCGUACUUGGAAAAAAUAGGAAAUUAACUUUCUUUGGAACUGUGGUGAUGAUUUGGUACUUUUGAGGACUUUUGGUACCUUACUAUAAGGAUGUAAACCUUAUAGUAAGUCUUUGGUACUUGGCUGUAAUACCAUACUAUAACUUAUAGUAAGGAUGUAAACUAUCACCCCUAUGACAAGUUUUACGGCGAAAAAAUUCACCGAGACGCCUGCAAAUCUACAGUGGAAUACGGCAAAUUUUUUUAUUUUUAUGCGAACAUUGGGUACUUUUAUUUGAGGCAAAAGAGGGGAGUUGAAUAAUUUGAGAGAAAUUAAUGUUUGCCCAUGAAUUUAGUUGAAGUUGGAGUUCUAAACUCAGCUCAUCAAACAGAUUUUGAAAGAUUAGGGAAGUUGAUUCUCUGGUAACCAAACCGUUUCUAGGUCCAUAGAUUGAAGAAGGUAAAAAGGGGUAAAUUAUUUCAUAGCAAUAUAAAAUUUGGAUUUUAAAAUAAAAAAUGUUAAUGGAAGCACCUGUCGUCUACAUUCGUAGAUUUGAAGAUUGCCCAUGAUCACUGGAAAAUUUACAAUCAAAUGAUUUUAUUGUGUAUUGCCUUUAAAAAACAAUUUGCUGCUAAACUAACAGAAUUAAGCGAAAUUAUUAUUGGCUUGGUAUUUGGUUAUGUUGCCUUCAUGAUUCUGAGCAUCUUCAUAUACGCAUUUAUUGCGAAGUUACUGAAGUGACUGCAUUGCCACUCAGAUAGUUACAGUAUAGUCUCGAAUCGAAGCUGGGUUUUUCGUACGUGAGAGAAUAAGAAAGUGUUUACAGGUGUUUAGCGGAUGAGAGAGCACCAUUAACCUCUCCACGAACAGUUUAUCUCUGAUGCCAGAUAAACAAUAAAACACCAUUAAUCAUUCCAAUUAUUUACAAAAAAAUAAAAUGGUUUAUAAGCAUUUGAUCCAAAAUUCAUAAAUAAAGAAAUGUCACGUUAAUGUGUUAUAUGGGGAGGAUAUUACAAUGACUUGCCAAUUUACACAGUUCUUCGUCGUUCUAUGCAUGCUAUAUGCUACAAGUUUGGUCCUGACAAUUGUUGACGAGGAUGUAAAGCGGUCAAAAGUAGAGAUAAAUGCUAUAAACUUAACAGAUGGCAUCAAACCUGAGCAUUUGAAGGUUGAAGAAUUCGACAAAGCUGCUGUUUCAAGCGAUAUAGGACAGUGCUCAACGGUUGGAAAGAACAUACUAAAGCGUGGUGGAUCUGCAGUUGAUGGAGCGAUAGCUACAUUGUUAUGCCUAGGCACAGUUCAGUUUCCGUAUUCCGGUAUUGGUGGUGGGGGAUUUAUGCUUGUUUACAGCAGGAAAGAAAAAAAGACGUACGGGUUUGACUAUAGAGAGACAGUUCCAGCAAACCUGAACAAAAAAGUCUUUGAAAACAGGAAGAAGAAAAAAGAAUACGGUGGCCUCGCUGUUGCCGUUCCAGGUGAAGUAAAAGGAUUCGUAAGUGCUUGGAAAAAGUUUGGCAAAUUGAAAUGGUCGGAACUAGUACAGCCCUCAAUAGAUAUUGCUAAAGAAGGUUUUAAAGUUUUAGAGCCCCCAACUGAAGCCGGAAAGGACUCAAUGGCAAAAUCUGACAGCAAUCUAAGAAAAUUGCUGCUAAAACAAGAAGAGCCGGAGAUAAUCUGGAAGUCGGUCAUCAAAAGACCAGAUUAUGCAAAGACACUGGAGAAGAUCCGAGACGCCCCGAAUUCGAUGUAUGAAGGAGAGUUGGCUGACAUAAUGGUAUCUGAUAUUAAAAAGAAAGGCGGAGUUAUGGAAAAAAGCGACUUGAAAAACUACCAAGUGAAGAUGCGAAAGCCAAUUACGAUGAAAAUAAAAGACCUUACACUCCACACACUGCCGUUACCGACUGGUGGCCCAACUGUCAUCCACACUCUAGAAAUAUGCAAAAAUUUCAAGUUUUCAAAUGAAGACUUUUCAACUGAAGAGAAAACUGUACUCACAUAUCAUCGAGUCCUCGAAGCCAUCAAGUUCGCAAAUGCAUUUCGUCCGUACUUUUCUGACCCUGACUAUCCUAAAAAUAAAACACAGCUAGAAGAGCUUUUCAAGAGUAUACUUGACCCAGAAAUGGCAAAGAAGCACUUUAAAAUGAUUGAUGAUGAAAAGACACACGACAUCACUUACUACAGCAAGGCUUUGAAUGCAAGGGAUGACCAUGGAACGGCUCACAUCAGCGUGUUGGCAGAAAAUGGUGAUGCCGUGUCAGCAACAAGCUCACUCAAUCUUAAAUAUGGGGCACAUUUUCUAUCCGACACGACUGGAAUACUCUACAAUGACCAGCUGGGUGAUUCAUAUACAGUAGAUUCGGAUGAGCAUAAAUUCACGGCUUCUGAGGAGAAUUUGCCAAAGCCAUUCUCAAGGCCAUUGUCAGCUGUUGCACCAAAUAUUAUUGUUGAUGACAACGGCGAUGUUAGAAUGAUAUCUGGUGGAGCUGGAGGAACAAAGGUGCCUGGAUCAAUUGCCUGGAUCAUAAUGAUGAAGUUUUGGUUUGGAAUGGAUUUUGGAAAUUCAAUGAUGGCUGGGAGACUGCACCAUUGCCUGUUCCCAAACGAAGUCAAGGAAUACGAAGCGUUCCCUGUGAAGAAGUUCAUUCAUGAUGGACUGAAAAAGAAAGAUCACAAAAUCACAGUCGGCUCAGAACGAACAGUUUUGCAAGCAAUUUACAGGGAAGGAAAAGACGGAAAAAUUUACUCAAAAACAGAUCCUAGAAGGCAUACUCGAGCCAAGACAGACGGGUACUAAUGCAUGUAAAUAUUUAUCAAUAAGUAAUAUCUAGUAAAUAUCAUAGUAAAACUAUGUGUAAUAUUUUAUAACGAAACUAGGAAUGAUUAAAGUCAUACUGCAAUAAAAAACUACGCUAUGAUAUUUUAUUCAAUAAAGAGAUCUCAAUAUGGCAUAAUGUAAAAUUGUUUCGUUGAAGAUGGAUACAAUGUAUAAAAGCAUAUGGUUAAAGAAAGGUCUUCCGUAAGACAUUGUUGACAUCAUGUCACAUUAAACAACGAUAUAGGAGAAUGUUCAAGACACAACUAAGAUAUCUUGGGAUACAUUCAUUAGGGUUGGAGGCUCAAAAUCGUGAAAGCCAAGAUUCAAUUGAUUCGUUGUAUACAUCUUAAUGAGUUACUGGGGGCUAGUCUGCCAGAGCUACCGCGUCCGUGAUUUCUGUAUAAGCCCCUUAAUUGAUUAUUAUCAAACAGGAAUAAAAGAGCCAGUUUAGAAACUUUGCAUUAGGCAAGGAGUCCAAAUUAGUUACGAAGGUGUAAAGCAGCGACAAAAUUAAAACAAAAUGUACUUGCAAAUGAUUCAGAGUUAAAGUAACGCUUAGCGAUUCUAUCCAUCUUCUAUUCACAUUAAAGUAUUUCUGUCUACUUAAUCUUUGCUGAGAGUUAUAUAAAAAGUUGCAAAGUGUAAUAUCAUUUUUUGUAAAUAGACGACAACAUUAUUGUGUAUGUUCGUGAUUAAAGCAGGAACAAUUCAUAGCGACAUAUUUUAGCAAAAUUAAUUCAAUUUGCACUGCAAAAAGUUAAAAGAAUGAAUAAAAGUUAUCUGGAAAAAUUUCAUCUUUAAAAUUAUCUUGUCUAUACAAACAGGGAGACCUAAAUGACCUAUGGUAGGAAGUUCAAAAUAAAUACAAAUUGUACAUAUUUCUGCAAUAGUAUGGGUAGAGCAAGGGGUAUGGCUAAGGCUUGUACUUGGAUAAAGUAGAAGAUAGAGGCUCGUGUCCAUGACGCCCCUAAACUAGGGUUGAUGUUGGUGUAAUGGAUGUCUUAGUUGUUCCAUGGAAGAAAAUUACAAGGAAUUAACUAAUUUUGGCGAGCAAUUAAUUAUCUUUAGUUUAUAUUAUCGUCAAUGCGCUUCUUUCAGGCUUAGCGUGACCUUUCGUUGACACACUUUGGUUUUCCCCAAAUCAUAAC